AUGCUUGUGCAAGUGAAAAGAAUUCCGGACAAGGAGGACGAAGACGCAAACGGUGAUGGUAUCCCUGAUUGCCGUGCGGACACCUCUGACCUGCAGUUCGUCAUGCGAUAUGGCACGAAGAAGAAGUCCCUUGACACUGACAUGGAUGGCAUUCCCGACGACGUCGACCUCGAUGAUGACAAUAAUGGAAUACCCGAUAUCCUUGAGGAUCGUAAUGGCGACCAGAUUCCUGACUUCUUGGAGGAGGUGAUCGACGAAUGUAAGUGA